CGCUGUGCCAACGCCGGGCUGCGCUGCGGAGCCUCAUCACUCUGCCCGGCCGAGGUGGGCUUUGCGUGUUCGCUGGGAUGGCUGCAGGAGCCGCACGCACCCACCCUUAAGUCCGCUUCGACUGGCAGGACUGCCGGAGCGUCCAGGACUUGAAUUCGGCAGCGCAGCCGUCGUUGUCACCGAGGCUCUCCGGGGCGACUCGCGGCCAGCUGUCCCCCCGGGCUGAGCCCCGCAGCUGGAUGACUUCGCCUCGUCACUUUGGUCAUCGCCAUCGAUUGCUUUUGAUUUUUUGAUUUUUUUUUUUCGGGGGGUUUUCCGCCAACUUCUGUGAUUUUCCUACCGGCACUCAUGAAUUCGGACAUCGGCGUCUAUCUGGCGAGAGAGAAAUCGUCCAGCAUCUCGAGGAAGCGAGCCGUCCUGCUGAGGAAGGGGUGCAGCUUCGAGAUCACCAGCUCUGCCUCUGAAGACUUGGGCUGCAGGCGCGGCGAGUUCAGUCGCAAGCACUACGGUUCAGUGGAGCUGCUCAUCUCCAGCGAUGCCGAUGGAGCCAUCCAGAGGGCGGGCCGCUUCCGCGUGGAGAACGGAUCGACGGAUGAGAACACGGACUACACGCCCGGCACCUGGCGCCGCACAGAUGUCCACCUGGAGAAUCCCGAGUAUCACACCCGCUGGUAUUUCAAAUACUUUUUGGGAAAAGUCCAUCAGAACUACGUGGGGACGGAUGCCGAGAAGAACCCCUUCUAUCUGUCAGUCGUUCUGUCCGACCAAAACAACCAGCGAGUGCCACAGUACCGCUCCAUCCUCUGGAGAAAGAUGGGAACUCAGAAGAUCUGCCUGCCCUACAGCCCGACCAAGACGCUCUCGGUGAAGUCCAUCUUAAGUGCCAUGAACCUGGACCGAUUUGAGAAAGGACCCCGCGAAAUCCUUAACCCCGACAUUCAGAAGGAUCUGCUGGUGCUGGAGGAGCAGGAGGGCUCGGUGAACUUCAAAUUCGGUGUCCUUUACGCAAAAGACGGCCAGCUGACUGACGACGAGAUGUUCAGUAACGAAGUGGGCAGCGAGAGCUUCCACAAGUUCUUAAACCUGCUGGGGGACACCAUCACGCUGAGGAGCUGGGCCGGCUACCGUGGAGGGCUGGACACGAAAAAUGACACGACGGGCAUCAACUCGAUCUACACUGUGUACCAGGGGCACGAGCUGAUGUUCCAUGUGUCGACGAUGCUGCCAUACUCGAAAGAAAAUAAGCAGCAGGUGGAGCGGAAGCGGCACAUUGGGAAUGACAUCGUCACCAUCGUUUUCCAGGAGGGGGAUGACACCACGUCUUCCUUCAAGCCGUCCAUGAUCCGGUCCCAUUUCACGCACAUUUUUGCCUUAGUCAGAUACAAUAAGCAGAACGACAGCUACAGGUUAAAGAUUUUUUCUGAAGAGAGCGUCCCACUGUUUGGCCCACCACUCCCUUCUCCGCCAGUGUUUACGGACCACCAGGAAUUCAGGGACUUUUUGUUAGUCAAACUAAUCAACGGCGAGAAGGCCACCCUGGAGACGCCGACGUUUGCUCAGAAAAGGCAGCGCACCUUAGACAUGCUCAUCCGCUCGCUCUACCAGGACCUCAUGCCAGACCUGCACAAAGUGAUCGGGGGGCCUUGGGGUCCAAUCUCAACCAACAUGCUGAACAGAAGGUCCUUCAGCGACGUGCUGCCCGAAUCGCCGAAAUCAGCGCGCAAAAAGGAGGAGGCGCGCCAGGCGGAGUUUGUCAGGAUUGGACAAGCAUUAAAACUGAAGACCAUCGUGCGAGGCGAUGCCCCUACCAGUCUGGUCACCACUGGGCUCUGCAGAAAGGAGCCCUGGGAGUCCCAGUCCUUCUACGCCAACUUCCCCUAUGACAUCGUGUGCAGCGACUCGUGGGGCCCCUCGCUGCUGGCGGCGACCGACUCGGGGGUGAUGCUUGUCGAUGCUGCCGCAGAUCCAACCAUCCCAGCUGCUGAGGGGCAGACGAUGCCAGUGCAGGUCUUCGACAGGACCAUGUUGGUCAAGCAGAUGCACAUCCUCGAAGCCCAGGACGUCCUGAUCGCCAGGGCAGAUAAAGGGAAGGACUCCCGUCUCUACGUCUUCAGGCUGACCACCAUCAAGAGGGACUUGGAGGAGAAGCAGUUGGUGAGGAGCAAAUUCGACUGCAGAGACAACAAGCUUGAGAAAACGAGAGGGUGCCAUCUUUACGCUAUCAACACCCACCAUGGGUCCGAGCUGAGGAUUGUGGCUGCCAUGAGGAAUAAACUGCUGCUCAUCACCAGGAGGUACAACCGGCUGGAGCACCUGGGUAGUGGCACCACGCCGGGCACCGACUCACCCGUUGAGGAGUUCCAGUACAUCCGGGAAAUCUGCCUGUGCGACGUCCCUGUGGUGAUGUCCCUGGUGGACGGGCCGACGGGCGAGAAUGACAACAUGAUCUGCGUGGCAUAUCGGCACCAGUUCGACCUGAUCAACGAGAGCACUGGCGAGUCGUACAGGCUGCACCAUGUGGACGCCAGCCGGGUCAACUUUGUGGCGGCCAUAGACGUAUACGAGGACGGAGAAGCGGGCCUGCUACUCUGUUAUAACUACAUCUGCUGCUAUAAGAAGGUGUGCCCAUUCAGCAGCGCCGCGCCCAUCAUCCAGUCGUCUGCUUCGGAUUUCCACUUCAGCUGGAAUCAGGUGCCCAAUGCAGUGGUGUGUGCCUUCCCGUACAUCCUGGCCUUCACCACAGACUCCAUCGAGAUCCGGCUGGUGGUGAACGGAAAUCUCGUCCACACGGCGGUGGUGCCCGAGCUCCAGCUGGUGGCCUCUAGGUCGGACAUCUACUUCACCACGUCGGUGGCGGUGAACGGCGCCUCCAGCAGCAGCUCCAAGGAGAACAGCUCCCUGAGCUCCCCGCUGACGCCCACCGGCUACGAGCUGCCCACCUUCCCAUCGCCUCUAGGAGACGAUUCUAUUCGGAUCCCCUAUGGAACCAAACUCUCGCUGUAUUUGUCCAAGGAGGCCGAAGGUGAGCCGCAGAUAAGACACAUCUACAAAAUCCCCCUCAGUAACCUGGUGAGCCAGAGCGUCGAGCGGCCGCUGAAGUCCCCGCUGGUCAACAAAAUCAUCACGACGCCAACGGCAAGCACCACGACGGCAGCGGUGGCGGUGGCCAUGGCGGCGGCAGCUAACAUCGUGCCAGUCGCCCACUCGCUGUCCCUCUCACGCAUGGAGAUCAAGGAGAUUGCAAGCCGGACACGCAAGGAGCUCCUGGGCCUGACAGACGAGCCCAGUAAUAAAUAUGAUGCCACGCAAAGACCCAAGAAGGCGGCACGCAAAACAGGAGAAGGGGACCCCAAAGUGGAGGCGGUGCGGUCAUCCAGCAGCGAGAGGAUCAGCGCAGAGCUGGCAGAGGCCGAGGCCGAGGAGCAGAGAGCCGUCCUGGGUGGCACUGACCCUGAUGCAGGACCCGCAGCGGACAGUCCAGCACUCGGUGGUGUCCCCUUCACGCUGGCCACUUCCUUCGAGGAGGACAUUGUGGACUUGAAGUGACGACAAUCUGCGACCCCUUUUCUUUUCUUUUAUAGCGCCUUUUUCUUUUCCCCCAUUGUGGUGGGAAUGUCACCAUAUCAGUGAGUUGUCCUUUUUUGUUGUUGUGGUCUGGAAAUGAAACCGAAGUGACGAGGCGCUGAUGGCCAAGAGCCGGGGGCCGACUGGGCUGUGUGAGCCAUGGUCCGGUGGUAGUUGCAGGCCGUGCCCCCUGGUGACGCCUCGCAGCUGGCAAGCGGUGCCCAGGGGGCACAAAUGACCCAGGACCGUUGGAGUGAAGAAGAGCCGAGACGUAGCAGACUUCAGGCAGUGCUAUCAAGCCGGUGGUCCCAGCGAGCCCCUCUAAAUGCUUUGAAUCCUUCAGCCAUCGCAUCGUGUGCCACAGCGUGAUGGGGCAUCCCUUUGUGGUGCUACUUGUGCCUACUCCCUCGUGAGGGAUUCCAAGAUGGCCUUUGCCACCCUUUCACCCUGAGCCCCGAGUUAAUGGCCUUCCUCAGUUGCUCUUGUAAUGUAUAUAGCGCCUCCACCAGGCAGAGCUCGAGGCACACCCUGCUGGUGUGGGGUGGCAGUGCCCGUGGUCCUCUAGUGGCCAAAUGGCUCAACUGCAACUGGAUCAGUGCCCACCGUUGGCUCCCAGUGGGAUUCUGUCCACAGUUUAAGGCGCUAUAUGAAACAGAAAGCUGCUCUGUUUGUAAAUCCUAUUGGCUGUGGAACUGAAUAAUUCAAAAAGGUGCCAGAGAACAGUUGGCACUUCAUUGGCACCCAUUGGCAUGACAGAAGCCAUUGGUGGUGACUUUAGAGCAGCUGGCAUACAGAGCUGGAGCCAGCUGUGCCCCUCUUUGUAACUGGCAUGCGCUGGGAUUUGUGUUGUGCCUUGUGAUGGUGCUGACUGUAAAAGGCACUAUAUAAAAGAGAGACUGGGGGGAUAUCGCCAGCCUGGCAUUUUGUAUUUAAUUCUGCCAGUUGAGCCAGCAGCAAGCUAAAGGGCAGACAGCAUAAACUCUGUGCCACCAGUUCUGAGGAUCCAGGUGUGCGCUGGCACCCUUCACCCCCACCCAGCUUGUUUGUCUGUUGGCAUGUGUUUGCCCCCAGAUAUCAGCUGUCAGGCCUUGCUGCCCUGCUGCCAGCUGGAUGCCCGGCCAUCACGUCCCACCCGCAUCCCCCGAUUCCCCCUUGGCCGGCGUCAUCGGCCUCUGGUCAGUCCUGGGGUCACUGACUUGGCAUCUGCUCGGGUUUGUGUCUUUGUGCUCCGUGUCGGUCACUCUUGAUAUUUCCAGGAGCGCAGGUCUCAGAGGUGACCACCCGGACGUCUCCCUCCUCCUUGUACAGUGCAUGCCCACUUCACCCUCUGCUUCUGCACUCGAAAAGACCAAGCGACUCAGUUGAGGGGUCUAAACUCACGAUGCGAGUAAAUCCUCUAAAUAAAUGAAUCUCCACAGACUGACCGACUGACCGACUGACCGCUCUGUACAUACAGACAGGGAGACACAGGGAAUAUGUUUGCCGGUUACUUCUUGUGUGCUGCUCAGUGAUUUGGAGGAUUUCUUCCUCUUCCUCCUCCUCCUCCUCUUUGCUCCGCCCCUUUCUCCCGCCGCUGGUUUUGUACGUUUCGACUGUCGCUGACCCUUUGUGAUAUCCAAUCAAACGAAGCACCAAGUGUCUUAAACUGUAGCGUAGCACCUUGGGGUUUUAAUGCCAAGUUCUUCACCCGUCAGUGUUUUGUGUUUCACGGCGAGCGCCAACAGUGGACGGAUUUCGAUGCCCUCCAAGUGCUGCGCCCCACUGCUGUGACAGUAGCUCAUCCUGGUCAUUGAUAUGAAAUAAAAGUGAUGAAAUCGGA